AUGUCUUCCACUCACACAAGCUCCUCCAGACGGAAGGGCAGAAAGAGCCACUACGUCGUCGUGAAAGGGAGAGAUAUUUCCAAGCCAACAAUAUUCAAGUCUUGGGAAGAUGCCAAAAUACGGAUAGAAAACUUUUCCGGAGGAGAGUACAAGGGGUUCUUUUCUGAGGUCGAGGCGGAAGAUUACAUUUACAGUCUACGCCGCACCGCCAUCGCCGAAGACGCCGGAAAGACCAAGACCGGAUCCACGGAGGACAAGCCCCUUGAAGCCAGCACGAAGGUAUUUUACGCUGUUUAUAAGGGCCGUCAAACUGGUAUUUUCACAUCUUGGGCCGAAGCGAGUGAACAAAUCAAUGGUUUUUCGGGGCAUUGUCACAAAAAGUUCAAGACAGAGGAGGAAGCACGGCGGUUCGUUGAUCGAACGCAUACAUCAAAAGUUAUGGGCAAAACUCCAGACGUGCUCGGGAAUGUACCGUCCAAGCUUGAGAACAUUCCACGAAGGAGUGAAGGUGAUGCCGACCAGGAAGAUUUGCCCACGGUAUUUAUUCAGCUCAAUCUUCAGUCCGUGUAG